CGGCUUAGUGUCCCACGGCCAGGCUGGAAGAAGUAAGCAUUGGCUCAAGCGGUCAGUGUUCUGUCCUCGUGGCCGACGGCAGGAUGACGGUGCCCAGGUGGGAACGUGCAGCCCGGCUGCUGCUCUGCCUGGCGGGGCUGGCGCUCUCUAUUUACGCCUGGCACGUGGAGACUUCCAAGGAGCGUGAUGUCGCCUACCGGGCUAUGUGCGAUAUCAGCGCCGACAUCAGCUGCUCCCGUGUCUUCACCUCCAGGUGGGGUCGUGGUUUUGGCUUGGUGGCAGACCUCCUGGGACCUCACAGCCUCUUCAAUCAGCCAAACAGCAUUUUUGGGAUUAUUUUCUACAUUCUGCAGAUACUUCUCGGUUUCUUUCAUCACAACCUGGCAGCCAUUGCUCUGGUGGGCUCUUCUUUUGUCUCCGUUGCUGGAUCUCUCUAUUUGGCCUACAUCCUUUUUUAUGUGCUCCACGACUUCUGUGUGAUUUGCAUCAGCACCUACAUCCUCAACUUUGCCCUCCUGUUUAUAAACUACAAGCGCCUUGGUUACCUCAACAGUCCACCCCUGCCGAAGAGAAAAGCCAAGAGGCACUGAAUACUAUGUCCUUUGGGCCUGGACCAUUCCAAAUUUUUGAAGAUGACCAAGUAGACCAGGGGUGUCAAACUUGAUUUCAUUGAAAGCUGCAUCAGGGUUGUGUUUGACCUCUGGGGGUGGAGGUGGCCAAGGUGGGCAUGGCAGCUUGACGUCACUCAU